GUCCGGCUUCCAGCGCCAUCUCGAGCGGCUCGAGCAGCUGCGCAGCCGCGCCCUGCUCGUGCAGUUCGGCGGCGCGGCCGGCUCGCUCGCGUCGCUGGGCUCGGGCGACGACGGGCUGCGCGUGCGCAGGGCCCUGGCCGAGGAGCUGGGCCUGACCGACCCGGCCAUCACCUGGCACGUGGCGCGCGACGGGGUGGCGGAGAUCGUCAACUUCCUGGCGCUGCUAGGUGGGACGAUGGGCAAGGUAGCGCUGGACAUCAUCGUCAUGUCGAGCAACGAGUUCGGCGAGGUGUCGGAGCCGUUUGUGCCGCACCGCGGCGCGUCGUCGACCAUGCCGCAGAAGCGCAACCCCAUCUCGAGCGAGGUCAUCCUGGCGGCGUCCAAGAUCCUGCGGUCCAACGCGGGCUUGGUGCUGGACGCCAUGGUGUCGGAUUUCGAGCGCGCCUCGGGGCCCUGGCAUCUGGAGUGGGUGGCCGUGCCCGAGAGCUUCGUGAUCGCCGUGGGCGCGCUGUCCCAGACGCAGUUUGCGCUGUCGGGCCUGUCGGUGCACACGCAGCAGAUGCUGCACAAUCUGCACUCGACGAAGGGGCUUAUCGUGGCCGAGGCCGUCAUGAUGGGCAUGGCACCGUACGUCGGGAGGCAGAAGGCGCACGAUAUCGUAUACGAGGCCUGCCGCGAGAGCAUCGAGAACGGCUCCACGCUGCUCGACUGUCUGCUGGCCAAGCCUGAGGUGACGGCCAAGAUGGGUGCUGAGCAGCUGCGCUCGCUGUGCGAUCCGGUCAACUACCUGGGGGCGUCGACGAGGAUGGUCGACGAUGUGUUGGCGCGGCGAGAUCUGUAG